AUGUCCUUCAAACCACAUGAUCACGGCCUUGCUCCAGGCCUCAUCGACGCCCGGGAGAAGGAGGUUAUGGACGAGAUUGACAAGCUCAUUGACAAGAAGCUAUACUUCGCCUUGGCCCGGAUCAUUCCUAGCGACCCGAACGCUGCCCAUAUCGUCAAUGACCCCGAGAUCCAAGAGCAGGCAAACAAUCUGAAGACGGCCGUCGCGGCCGUUGUGGAGAGACACGAAAGCAUUAUUUCCACCAUUGCGAAAUCGAAGAGGGACAAAGACAAUGACAAGCCAGUGUGA